AAAGCUCAGUCACCUCCAUCAUGAGUGCAUGACCUUGCUACUUAAUCCACCUAUCUGCAGAUAACCAUUGCGGCGAUCAACGGUUGUGGCCUACAGAUUUGUUUUCAUGUUACAUUAAUGCGAAUUACACAUCUGGGGUCCGGGCUUUCCUAACGGCUGCUGUCAAUUUGUGUACUACUUUUAAGAUAGUUACUGAUUUUAAUGGGGUACUGUUUUUCAUUUGACCAGGUUAUGGCUACAUAUUGUCUUUGUAAUGAUUCCUGGAAUUAUUGAUCUGAUUUUUCUGCGCUUCGUUAUCCCCUUUGUAUUGUUCAUAGUUACCGUCGUGCGGUACAAUGGGUUUUCUUUCACUUAUUUAUUGUUUCUGCUCGCUUGCCCAUUGCUUGCUCGUCCGAAGUGUCCCAGAUCUACAACUAAAGUCCAGGUUUACCUCAUCUUACUCAUAACGUUAAGUUGCAUUUUCACUUUGUCUCACCCAACGCUGCAUAUAGUUCUGACUGUUGCUCCACCGUAUGAAAAUGCACUUCGCACAUGUGAAGAAGCAUCGAUUGCUGCUCAGAUUGGCGUCCAAAGACUUGAGGGGAUGCUUCCCUACCGUGCAAUGCGACUUGUGUUACCAGAUAUCUUCAUAUUGUCAGUUGCAGUUGCUUCGUUGGUCUAUUUCAGUAGGAGACGCCGAGUUCCUUCUGCACCUUUGUCGUCAACUAAUGCUUUAUCGGCUGUCGAAAACAGCAUUGUAUCUCAUAAUAGUGACGAAUCGGAACAUAACCCUAAACCUUCUGUUACGAAAAACAAACAGCUAGACCGAACUUACUUUAGUUUUACCAGGCUGUGGAACGAAAACCAAAAAAGACUGUGGCGUGCUUGGGCUAUGGAUUCGUUACGUAUGCUAAUAACAGUACUACUUGUGUGUUUUGCUGGAAUAACCUCACCUUCGUUGCCAUCUUGCGUUUAUCUUUUAUCUUUCCUCUCUAUAUGUACAUAUUGGGCCUGCCGAAAUAAAGUCAGCUCAACGCCAUUUGCUUCUUUACGCAUUUUCCUCUUGGUGUACAGCGGUUUACAUGUUUGUUUGUACUACCUAUAUCAGUUUCCUUUCUUCCAAGCAUUCUGCAAGGAUGGAAGUUUUUUAGCACGGUUACUUGGUUUAUACCAUAUUAUGCACACCUCAUGUAAAAAACCCGGUGAAAUUAUAUUCCCAAGUAGUUUUCGUGUUGUAGAUUGUCUGGCUCCACCUAUUACAAUGCUACUGUACUAUGUCUUGGUGCUAGAAACUCGACGCUGGUUAGAUUCACAUUUUAGCGUUUCUUCACAACCGCUAUUUCGGAACAAUAUUAAGGAUUCUACAUUCCAAAGUGAAGUACCACCUAACUGUCCUGAUGAAAAUGUGUAUGAUGUGAAUAAUAUACCAACUACUAGAGAGUCAGUAUCUCGGGAAAACUUACUUAAUCCUGCAGUUACUUUCUCAGAUUCAUGCUCAUCUACCAAUUUGACAACCACAGUUUCUGCUCUGCCUACUAACUGUGGGAAUGAAAACAUAACAUCUAAAGAUCAAUCUUAUGCAGAUAUUAAUAACUCGGAGUUGCAUCCUGACCAGAAUCUCGUUCAGAAAUGUAGUCCUUCAAAACAAUGUACGACCAUAGAUCAAAAAGAAGAAUCUUUAUCUCUUGGUAUGAGUCAUAUUAGAGGGGAAGUGUCAACAGAUUGCACAAGCCACGUUCCAAAAUCCCUUCCGCACCAGGUUACUGUACUACAUCUGGAACCAGAAAAUAAUUCUAAUGAACAAUUUUUAUCGCCUCCUGUAGAACCUGAUUUUGAUGCUUUAUUUGGCCUUACUCCUCCUUUUGCCACAUACAUGUAUGGAUGGUCUGGAAAUAAUGUUACUACAGAACGUCCGUUUCUGCUCAGUUUGCACUAUUCAGCAAUCAAGAAUAGUUAUAUUCUCACGCUUAUUGCAAUGAUGGCUUGGGCUGUUGUUUAUCGCAGUUGGCUUUCAUUCAUUCUGCUUUUAUCUGCGUGCAUCCUAUGGAUUGUUCCCAAAUCUAGAGCUGCAUGUUUAUAUUCUAGUCCUUUGAUUGUCCUCUAUGCUGUUGUUCUAAUUUUAAUACAGUAUAUCUGUGGAUUAAAUUUGAACUCCGACGAACUGCCGCAAGCAGUGACACCCGAUGGUAUUCAACUAUCUGAAUUGGGAAUGCAGAGAUCAGAUCACUGUGUUGGCGCUCUUGCUCUUCAGAUAGGUUUCUUAAUUUGCUUUUGGUUGACUUUGAGAUUGUUUGUAAUGGAACGUGCAGCCAAGCGAUUAUCAGCACAUCAUCAACGAGUUGUUUUAAAAAGUGAAGAAUUACAAACAAGUUCAGGCUCUACUCCUCUUCCUCGCUUUCAGAAGUCGCUGCCAACUAUCUUGAAGUUUCGUAGACGAAGUAAUAAAGAAGAUGGAAAUAAUAUCUUGCUAACUCCUUUCUUAAAUAUGGCGGACGAUUUUCAAACACAUACUAGCUAUAAUGCUGCUAUUUAUGGCCCUGCAGCGUCUUUCGGGACUGUAGACAAUAAUAUUUACAGGCGAUUCACUGAAUUUAUGCAUUCUUUAUGCGUAAAGUAUUGGAUUGUCGUUUGUUGUCUGAGUAUGCUGUUGGUUUCUGUCCAACAGCCUGUCGUUGUAUUUCGUAUUGUUUACAUGGUUAUGCUGAUUUACUUCAUGUUGAUUUUUCAGAUAAGUUAUGCUAUUUGGCGUCGUCAAAUGUUAUGUUUUUGGUGGGUCAUUGUUGUAUACUCUAUGGCGAUGCUUUUGUGUAUUUAUACUUUUCAAUUUAAUGAGUCACCCAGUUUUUGGCAAAAGAAACUACAUCUUUCACCUGAGAUCUUAAAGGCGUUUGGAUUAGAAACUUUUGAAAGUGCAGCUCUUUUUGAACGUUUACUAACGCCAGUUGUAUUCUUAGUUGUUAUAAUUUUACAAGUGCAUUACUUUCAUAUACCAUUCCUUAAAGCAUCCUCAUUAAAUCGCUUUCAAUUGCCUCAAGUUUCCAGGGGUUCUGUGAAUUCACGUUCUGGGAUUUUUGACGAUCGCAAUUCAAAUACAUCUAUUUCUCAGAGUAGUAACAUGUCCAAUUUUAUUGAAGAUGUGAAUUCAGCAUUUCAAAUAGUUGUUUCAAAAUUAUAUUGUUGGGCUGAUAGUCUCACAAAUCAUUGUUGGCGUUUCUUUGAAAUACAUUGGAUUAAAUUAGUUGGAUUAGUGAUAAUUGUCACUUGUACAAAUGAAGUUUCGGCAACGAAUAUUGUCUCUCUUAUAUUUCUCGUGAUUUGUUUCCCUUUUCCAUAUCUGCAUGGAUUUAUGACAACAUUUGUUUUUAUAUGGACUAGUGUUCAAAUACUUUGUAAGAUGACUUUUCAGUUAAGUGCUGUCAACUGGAACAUAUCGUCAUCAUCUUGUGUAAAGCUUCACAACUCCACUACAUUAGAUCCAACUUACUGGCUCGGUUUUAAAAAGGUUGACAACUUCCGUCAGUAUAUUAUGCCAUAUGGUGCAUUACUGGUUGUCACUGUAGUCUGGCAUGCUAUAGCAUAUAGACAACGUCAAUUUUAUAACAAUGAUAGAAUUACUCGUCCAGGUGAAGGAAUUAUAUUUCCUGGUGUUACAAUCAAUUCCAUGGGUUAUGACUUAUUGAAUGUGGUUAAAUUUGCUUUUAAUUAUGGAUUCUACAAAUUUGGUUUGGAGCUUUGUCAUUGUACUACCGUUGUCACUACAUGUGCACGCGUCGACGCUUUCAGUGUAUUAUACUUAUUGCUGAUGUUAGUGUUUCUAUUCUCUCCACGACGAGUAUGUGCACGUCUAUGGCCUUCUUAUAUGGUAAUUCUAGCUGUACUUAUACCAAUACAAUAUGCCAGUUGUAUUGGUCUACCACCUGGAUUAUGUUUGAGUUAUCCUUGGUAUACCGAAUCGAUAGAAAUUAAUAAUCUUCUUCAGUGGUUGUAUCUACCUAGUGACUUUGGUGCACCAUCUGCUUAUAAAUUAACUGCUGACUUCUUUCAGUUCGCUGCAGUGGCUUUACAAUUUCGUGUCUUUAAGAUUGAACAACGCCCUGAUUCAGAAAGGUAUGAUGGUGGUUCUAACCGUCCAAUUUUAACUAAUGAAUUACCUAACGAGGAAGAUCGCGAUUUCGUCAGCACUAAAGAAUCUUAUUUAGAUUAUAUGCGUCAUCUUAUUUUCUAUUGGUCCUAUUGGGUCAGUUUAGCUGUUGUUCUUGUCACUGGAGUUGUAUGGAUUACAUUAUUCUGCUUAGGCUAUAUGAUCUUAAGUUUCAUCUAUUUAUGGAUGGGACUGAAUGUUUUGCUAAGAGAACGACCUAAUCUAAUCAACUCAUGGAAUGUGAUUAUUGGAUAUAAUUUUUGUGUUAUUUUGGCCAAAUGUAGUCUUCAACUUAUGGGUUGUGUCUAUCGUUCUCGAAUGGCUAAUCAAUGUUGGCUUAUACAGUUGUUCGGUGUUCAAUGUAUGAAUCCAUUAUCAUGGAAUCAUUUCAAUCUACCUCCUGGACAUGAAACAUCAUGUGCUACUGUUUCAAGUGGUUUACAUUGGGAUAUUGUAUGCUUUAUAUUUAUUAUAUUUCAACGAAAAGUGUUCACGUCACAUAGUUUUAGUCAUGUAUUACUUGAUUUACAAGUCCAAAGUCGAUUUGCAUCUCGUGGUGCUUACCUAAUAAACCGUAAAUUAAUGUUAGCUAUUCAUGAACAAGCUAUGGAAGAACAAUAUAAUUUGGCAAAAGUACAACAGAAACUCAAUCUUAUUCAACAACGUCAAGAAGCAUUUGGACGUAGUAAUGCUAAUAUUACUGAACAUUAUAUAAUGCUUCGUUCAGGUGAUUACUAUCUGUUUGAAGGUGAUCCAGAAGAGGAUGAUGAUUUUGUCAACCGUCAAACACAUAUAACUGGAAAUGAUAGUGAUCACUCGGAUAAAGAUAAUUCUAGUCCACCACCACUAGUGUCACGUUUACGCGAGAGUAAACAUAACUUAAGAUUACAAAAAACAGCUAUCAGUGAAGAGAUUGACAAACAAACCACUAUUUCAAAUAAUCAUACUAAAUCUCAAGUUACUUUAGUUCCAAACGGAAAGAAUUACUUACGAGAUAUUUGGCCAAGUAUAGAUCCGAAUAUUUUAGAUGUUCUAUCUAAUUAUAAUGAUCCUUAUAGUACUAUCAGUUUUAGUGAUGAACUCCGUCGCGUUCGCCCAACAUCUCACAGUAGGAAUGCUCUUGAUUCAGACCGCUAUUAUGAACAUCCUAAGUAUUUUGAAAUGCAUCAAGAUCGUCCUCACUCUGGAUUUGUCUUAGGACAUCGUCGUAUGCGAUCUCAUCCUGAGUUUUUACGUCAACAUUUUGGUGGAAACGAAAAAAGUUCCGUUGUAUCUAUAGAAUCAGAUGAACCUAAGGCUUCAGAUAGUAAAAAUCUAGCUUUACAUCCCAGUCAAACAUCAUCUGACAAAUUUGCUCAUCGGUUCACUGAACGUCGAGAUCAGAAUCCACUCACUCUACACCAUCGACCUUAUGAAACUCAUAGACGAUUAUUUUCAGCAUCUGGAGCUAUCUUCCCCACUAAAGAUCGUCCUAGUAGUCCUGAAAAGAGCACGGUUGUCAAAAGUACGGUCCGAAGCCAUAGGAGAACACCGAAAUCGUCAUUAUCUAAACCAAGUCCUCCUAAGGCUCAUGAAACUUCUCAUAUUGAAUACCCUAUUAUUGCAAAUAAGAUAACAGAGGGAAAUAAUAGUAGGGAGGGUAAUUCUGAGAAAGUUUCUACAGUGACGGAUAGCAGUGAAAUCGUCGAGUCUCGUUUUACUGGAACUCAUCCUCAUAACAUAAUCACUAAAGCCCCACAGUCUGAGUCUGAACAUACUAACGAUCAAAAGAAUUUCAGUUAUUCAUAUUUCGAUGAUGGUCAAGAAGCAGAUAAAAAUAGUGAUGAAGAUGAUGAUGCUAAUCCUCCAUUAACUGCUAAUUCUAGAUUAAAUCCCAUUCAACUGUUGAAUAGAGCCAUGGAACUUGGUGCUCUUUCAACUGUGAAACAGUAUAGACGCAAUUUAUAUACCCAUUCUCAUGAUGGCAUACGUCAACGGGAACAGAUUGAUAAUAUUACAUGUAAUAUAUCUACUGGAAGUCAAGAAGGUUCAUCAGUCGAUCAAAUGACACAACCUUCAUCCAAUAGGCAUCAGAUCAGUACAGAUUCUUUUCACAUUCAUCCACCUAAAAAUACAAAUUAUCCUAAUCAAACUAAAGAACGUAGACGAAACGGUCGUUUUCCAUCGAAAUUUGGUAUAAAGAAACUUAGUGUGCCUGAUAUUCAUUCUGGUUCAAGACAACAGCAUGAAGUUCAUUUUUCCGAUAGAUUAUGCAAAAAAUACUAUUCUCCAUUGACGGAAAAAGAUGUAAAUGUUAGUGAAUAUUGUUGUUUUGAUCCUCAUAAUUAUUUUGAACAAACCAUCAAAAAUAAAGCUAAUUUAUAUUCUGUUCAUCCGUUGAAUUCAUCAUUCACUGGAAAUAAUGAUGUAGUCGACGCUAAAGUCAUAAACAAAGAACGAAAUAAAUGUCUCUUAAAUGGUAAAUCGGAAUUUAAUAAUAUUAUGAAUGUUAAUACUGGAAGAAAAUCCCAUUUUAAUCCAUCAACUUCGAAGCAAACAGAAGAUACCAAACUAAACACUAUUCUUUUGAAUCAAUCAAAUAAUCAUACUCCAUCUUAUGCUAUUAUGGAUAAACAAAUUGCUGAAGAUAAUCAGAUAACUGUAUUUGAAAAACCAAUUAAAACUUCCCUCUCAUCAUCUCGACCGUUUGAUGAUAAUAAUGGGUCAUAUGAUAUAAAUGAUAAUGACAAAUUACGAAAAGAUUCUGUCCAUCAACAUGCUGAGGGCUGUUGGAGCAAGUUUAAAGCUUCUUGCUUAAUAGCAUAUAUGUUUUUCUUGAGUUCUGUGGAUAGUUUAAUAAGAUUUUUAAAUGGUCUAACUCGUCAAUAUCGUCGUAUUCGCAGAACUAUUGACCAAGAAAAACGUUUAGUUAAACGUCGAGUUAUUUCAUAUCUUCCAUCCACAAAUGAACAAUUAAGAAAUAAAUUAAAAUCAUCAUCAUUAAAUAAUAAUAAUAAUAAUGAUUACGUAACGCAAUUCAAUACUGAUUUACAUAUAUCUAACAGCAAGAUAGAUAAUAUUUCCUAUUUAUCUUUUCCAUUACAAACUACAUCUUUCACUUCUUGUUUUUCAACUAUUCCAACAAACCAAUGGAGAUAUAAUAAAAUAAGAGAAAAUUAUCUAAAAUUUUGUAAUUGUUUAUCUAGUUAUUUAAUUUGUUCAUGUUUUAAAUUGCCUAAAAAUCAAGCACAUCUGGAAUCAGCUGCUUUAGAAAUUAUCUCUACAACACCGGAACGUCAACUAUCUUUAUUUAAUCCUCAACUUAUUGAAAGAAAUAUACAAAAUAAUGAUAAACGAUCGAAUGACACAAUGAAUCCUUAUUUAAUACGAGAUAAUUCAUUAGAUGAUUUGGAUAAUAAUACUCCUAUGACAGAUUUACAAGAUCAUGAACGUGAAAAAGCUUUUCGUCAAUCACGUUCUUAUGGAUUUUUAUUGUUAAUAGCUGUUGGAAAUUUAGCUAUUGUUUAUUCGGAAUUAUUUUGUUAUUUUCUUUUAAUAUUUAAUCAUAUGCAUUCAGCAUCAUUAUUGUCACUACCUUAUCCAUUAAUGGUAUUACUAUGGGGUAUGUUGUCUGUACCACGUCCAACAAAAACAUUUUGGAUAUUUUUAAUCACUUACACUGAGAUUGUUAUUGUAAUAAAGUAUAUAUUUCAAUUUAAAUUCUUCCAUUUCAAUGAUGCUAUAUUAAGACCAACGGAAUCAGCUGAACCAUUAUGGCUACCUCGUAUAAUUGGUAUAAAUAAAAAUGAUGAUUAUGCUGUAUUUGAUUUAGUACAAUUAAUUAGUUUAUUCUUACAUAGAGGAUAUUUAAAAAAUAAUGGUCUUUGGCGUGAUGACACUGAAUUCACACAUGACCUUGAAUUAAUUGUACAAGAGAACAAAGCAGCGCAGUUAUCUUGUUCAAAGCAGGGAACAAGUUCACGACAAUUAGCAUCAUCUGGUGUUUGUCUGAAUAAAUCAAAAACAGAUCUUGGGAAAGAUGAUGGACUAUUUACUGGUGGAUGUAAUAUGUUUGUUCAACUAUAUCCUCAAACUUCACACUAUCCAUCUACUGCUAGUGGAGGUGAAGGUGGUAAGACUUGGAAUCCUCUCUUAAAACUUAAACGAUUCUAUCUGAAAAUGACUGACCCAAGAUAUAAUAAAAAGGUCGAUGUUUAUAUUUACAUGUUUCUUUGUGAAUUCAUCGCUUUUUGGAUUAUGAUAUUUGGUUAUGUAUCAUUUGGACCAAGUACUGGGAUGGGUGAUAAUGCAUUUGAAUUCCUAAAAUCAAAUAGGGUUCCUCUACCAUUUAUAUCAAUGCUUCUUGUACAAUUCAUCUUCAUUAUAACUGAUCGUGGUUUAUUCUUACAGAAACAAGUUCUUGGAAAAUUCAUUUUUCAAAUUAUUCACGUUGUACUAAUUCAUGGAUGGUUAUUUUUUAUUUUACCUCAUAUUACAAGAUCCCCAUUUACUUCUGGUCUGGCACCUCAGUUGUUAUACUUGAUUAAAUGUGUAUAUUUUUCUCUAUCGGCCUAUCAAAUUCGUAGUGGUUAUCCUCGUCGUAUAUUAGGAAACUUUUUAACUAAAAACUACAAUUACAUCAAUUUAGUUUUGUUCAAAGGGUACCUACUGGUUCCAUUUUUGUAUGAACUGCGAAAUGUAAUGGAUUGGAUGUGGACUAGUAGUGCUUUAUCUUUAUAUCAUUGGAUGGAAUUAGAAGACGUUUAUUCUAAGAUAUUCAUUCUUAAAUGUUGGCGACGUUCAGAAUUAGCUUAUCCUACACCAAGAGGACGGAAUCGUGAUACCAGUAAAAAAGCAUUGACUGGUGGUUUAUUAUUAUUAUUCUUUUUCAUUUGUUUCUGGGGUCCAAUGGCAUUGACUUCAUUCAUUGGUGCUACAUUCGAUGUGAAUCCGCCAGUAUUGUGUACUUUCAGCUUUUCAUUUGGGGGCUUUCCGCCUACAUUCGAGUUUACUUCACGCGAAGGGAAUAUAUUCACUGUAAAUUCAUCUGAAUUAAACAAUUUUAUUCGUUGUCACGAAAAAGAUAAGCAAACAUUUGGGUUUCUACAUAAUUUCGAAUGGAAUGAUCUACGCUAUGUGACAAUCGAUGGUUUUUCUGGUAAUAUCUGGGCUAUCACACCACCGUCAUAUCAAGCAUUAUUAAUGAAAUUACGUUCUCCUGAAUCAGAUUUACUUCUACAUUUUCAUAUGAAAUGUCGCAGAUCAACAAAAGAAAUUCAAUCCAGUCAUACAUCAGUUGAAGAUAUAUUUAGUCGUAAACUAUCACCAUCAGAAAAAUUACAAUUACUUAUGGUUUUAAAUUCUACAAAUUUCACCUUUCCUUUAUCUGAUUCUAAUAGAAAUUCUUUAUAUAGAACAUCUAUAAUGAAUAAUAAUAGUAUGUUAGCAAGAUCAUAUCAAUCUCGAAUUGAUUCGGUUAUAUUGAAUUCUGUAUUGCCAAGAUAUGUUUUACUUAAAAAAGAUAAACUUCGUGGUGCUUAUGCUUUUCUUGGUGAUCCACAAACUUAUGUAAAUGUUAGUUUUCAUAUACAUCAAGAUUUAAUAAGUCAUCAAACAUGGUGGGAAUUAAAAGAGAAAAUUAAUAGUAGUCCAUCAUCUGAUCCAUGUUUUGAAGUGAUUCGACAUCCAACAUUAAGUAAUAAUGCUGUUGAGGCGAAUGUAUUGUCAGUUCUCACUUUCAAUGAACGUGUAUCCGAUAGCUUAUUUGGUAAAGUAUUCAAUAACUACGGUAUCAUCGGUAUGUACGCUGCAUACAUCUUUUUAGCUAGUCGGCUGCUACGUACUGCGUACAGUAAUAUUUCUUAUGUGAUUCGUCUUGAAGAAUUACCUCAUGUGGAUCGUAUUUUGAAUUUAUGCCAUGAAAUUUAUCUUGUACGUGAAAAUAACUUACUAUUAUUAGAGGAACAGUUAGUGGCAAAACUUUUCUUCCUUUAUCGUUCAUCAGAGACUAUGAUUAAAUGGACUAGACAUCCAAAACAUAUCGUUGAACGGUUUACAAGUAAACCGACUUCUACUACUACAUUAUCUCAAGAACCUCCCAAUUCUGCACCACCUACCUCUCAUCCUCCUUCGUCUAGUGGAAUUAUGCAUCCUUCAAUAAAUCAAGAAUUUAGAAAUAUCAAUAAUCGAACGAAUAGCAAACCACCUGUUCAAUUCAGGCGUGUUCGUAAUUCAGUCGAUGACGGUAAUCAUCGUUUACCACCAACAACAACAACCACACUGUUACCAUCAUCUUCACAAUAUCAAUAAUAAUAUCAAAACAAUCAUUUAAAAUCCCCAAAUAUUUACCCUCUUAACACUCCGUUAAGAAUACAAUGGCCCUGUACAAAUAGCUUAAUUGUUAAAAUAAUCUGAAAUAAGACUUAUUAAAUCAAUUCGAUCCAUGAUUAAUACAGAGUGAAUUUUCUUUUCUUUCACUGAUUAAUUCAUUUUGGAAUGAUUAGUUAUUGUAAAUGUAUAGUCUAGUCGUAAUUAACAGUUUUGAUUGCUCACUUGUUUUUCUUUUUCUCUAUUCAAACGGUUUCUACAAUUUUUAAUGUAUUAAUAUUGUUAUCUAAUGUGAGUAAUUCUCAUUUUUAUAUUGAUUACUGUUUAAUGACUGGCUGUUGAUUAGUUGCUAUUUGUUUUUGUAGUACAUCGAUUAUCGUUAGUUGUAUUUCUAUUUUCUUUAUAGUUUCUACGUACAUUUUCCUCACUUUGUCUCCGUGUGUGUAUACAAACUGUUCUAUCAAUUAUCUCCAAUCUAUCCACAUAUCUUUGUCAUUGUUAUAAUACUUAUUUCAAUCUACUUUUUGUUUUCUUCUGCUUCGUUAUCUAUGAUUACCUUCGUCUUUUUCUCUCACAUAUUACACAAUCAAUCUUCUUUAGAGAGGUUCAUAUAUUGAUGAUUAAUUGUUAAAAGAAAAAACAACCAGUAAAUUCUUUCAAAUGUUUCAUAGUCGAAUUAUUGUUUAUUAUCCGCACCAAACUGAAUGCACUAUGUUUCAUUCCUGCAUUGAUUUCUAUAUGUAUAUUUUUGAUUACUAUGAAAUGAUGAAUAAGUUGAAAGUAUAUAUAUACUCUCACUUUAAUAUACAAUUAAUAGAUUGAUUCAAUUACUGAUAAUAUAUAUAUAUAUAUAUAUAUAUAUAUAUAUAUAUAUAUAUCCAUAUCCAUCUGUAUUAUACAGAGCAUACUGCCUAGAUUUUUUGUUCAAUAGAUUGAUUGGUUUAUUUUUCUCCUUCACUUUUUAUCUCUUCUAAUUUCUCUUGUUCUUACUCUUGUUCCUAACAUAAAUUUUGUAUUCAUUUUUGUAAUUCAUGUAAUUCAAAUGGUUUUCUUGUUUGUUUAUGUUAAAAUAUGGAUAUGCUCAUAUUGAAUAAGUAGUAUAUAUGUAAAUGAAUGUAAUAUUUUGACUUAUUAAAAAAAAGUUGGAAAGAGUGAAACAAUCUUCAGAUUAAGUAAUGGUAAUAAUAGUAAUACUGAGUUAAAUAGACAUGAAUAUGUAAUUUGUGUUUCUAUGAACAAUGUAUAUAAAUUUGUUUAUUAUAAUUUGGUAGAGAUAUUGACAAUAUAAAGUUAUUUUAAUGGAAUAUUAAUGAGUGCAGAUAAAUGAUAAUAUAAGGCAUCUGUUGUCUGAAAAUUGUUUUCUUUUUCUCUUCAAGAAUAGGCUGUUCACACUAAUUGUAUUUCUGUCAUAUCUUGUGGUUGUAUUUCGGUACGAGUCUGUGAUAAUUGCUAAUAAUGGAACAAUUAAACUUAUUCUUAUAUGAACAAAUUUUAUGGUGAACGCGAUAGAACGCUUUAUCGUUGAUAAAGCACACGCUAAUAUCAAGUAGAAAUGGCGAGAUAUCCAGGAAGGUUUAGUAAUCUGAAUGAAAUUAGAAUGGGAGAAUUGUCUCUUUAUACUAGCACUCGUCGAACUUGGAACAACAAAGUUAGCAAACUAAAAAUGAUAACAUCCAAUCAAAUAUUAGCUAAAGUCAUUGAGGAAAUAUUAGCUAGAAAGAUGUCAUGAAGGUUAUCCUUCAAAACAGGGACCGACAAAAACAAGAUAACUUGUUCUUUCCUUAG